CCAAAAAAUAGGAAUUUUUUUCUUAUAAAUAGUCACAAGCAUUAGCAGUGAAGAGCCGUACAAGUUGAUCACAAGCAACUAGCUUCUCUCUUCUUUCUUACCUUGCGAUCAUCAAUACCAUGGAUCCCUACAAGCAACGCCCUUCGAGUGCUUACAAUACCCCUUUCUGGACUACAAAUGCCGGUGCACCCGUUUACAACAAUACUGCAUCAUUGACUGUGGGCAAUAGAGGUCCAAUUCUCCUGGAGGACUAUCAUUUGAUCGAGAAACUAGCCAACUUCACUCGUGAAAGGAUCCCAGAACGUAUUGUGCAUGCAAGAGGUGCGAGUGCAAAGGGGUUCUUCGAGGUCACUCAUGACAUCACCCAUCUCACCUGUGCAGAUUUCCUUCGUGCUCCUGGAGUUCAGACUCCGGUUAUCGUUCGAUUCUCAACCGUUAUCCAUGAACGAGGAAGCCCUGAAACCAUCAGAGACCCCAGAGGUUUUGCAACAAAGUUUUAUACCAGAGAGGGUAACUUUGAUAUUGUGGGGAACAACUUCCCCGUGUUCUUUACUCGCGACGCAAUGGCAUUCCCGGAUGUGAUUCAUGCUUUCAAACCAAACCCCAAGUCACACAUCCAAGAAGACUGGAGGAUCCUCGACUUCUUGUCACACCAUCCUGAGAGCUUGAACACUAUGACAUUCUGGCUCGAUGACGUCGGUAUCCCAACCGAUUACAGGCACAUGGAAGGGUCAAGUGUCAACACCCUCACUUUAGUUAACAAAGAAGGUAAAAUGCACUAUGUGAAGUUCACAUGGAAGCCCACAUGUGGAGUCAAGUGUUUGAUGGAUGAUGAAGCUAUCAAAAUCGGAGGAGCUAAUCACAGUCACGCCACUCAAGAUCUUUACGAUUCGAUUCAAGCCGGUAACUUCCCUGAAUGGAAGCUGUUUCUUCAAGUUAUUGACCCGGAUCAUGAAGACAGGCUUGACUUUGACCCGCUCGAUGGCACCAUGACCUGGCCUGAGGAUGUCAUACCGCUGCAGCCUGUCGGGCGUAUGGUGUUGAAUAAGAAUAUUGAUAACUUCUUUGCUGAGAAUGAACAGCUGGCGUUCAACCCGGGUCUUGUUGUCCCGGGAAUUUAUUAUUCUGAUGAUAAGAUGCUUCAAGGUCGGAUCUUCGCGUAUUCUGAUACGCAGAGGCACCGUCUUGGACCGAACUAUUUGCAGCUUCCGGUUAAUGCGCCUAAAUGCGCUCAUCAUAAUAAUCACUAUGAUGGACAUAUGAAUUUUAUGCACAGAGAUGAGGAGGUUGAUUACUUCCCUUCGAGGUAUGAUCGUGUUCAACAUGCUCAGAAAUACCCGAUCAAUCCGGCUAGGGUUACUGGAACCCGUGACAGGACUGUGAUCCCAAAAUAUAACGAUUUCAAGCAGCCAGGGGAGAGAUACAGAUCAUGGGAUCCAGCCAGGCAAGAAAGAUUCAUUGUCCGAAUGUGUAAGAUGUUGUCCGACCCACGGGUUACCCACGAACUUCGCAGUAUUUGGAUCUCAUAUUGGACCCAAGCUGACAAGUCUCUGGGGCAGAAGAUAGCAUCACGUCUCAAUGUGCGCCCCAACUACUGAACUAGUAUCUUAACGAGGGCCUGAUAGAUACGGUCCGUCUCUAAGUUGGUUAUGUCACACAAAUGGUGUCUAUGUUUCCGUUCUACCUUUCCUUCUGUUGUAUUUUCACGCGCUUAAGGAACCUGAAACUUAGUCGAUAUGUGGAGUGAGUUACUGUGUUUCAGGUUCGGGUCUAUAAAGAGAAAGUCUAAGCUUUGUGGCACACAUGUUAUGUUUCUUUUUUAAAAUAAAAUGUAAUGUUGUUUUGGCCACUUAUUUGAUUCUUAUGUGUGAGUUUGCCGUUCUAAAAUAUAUAUUAAUAAAAAGUAAAAUUUGAUGCUUA